AUGACGAUUUCAAGUGAAACGAACCAAACAAGCACCAGAUCUGGGCCAAAUGAUAUUGAGAGAAGCAGUUCAACAUUUGAUUCAUUCGAUCCACUAUUCCUCCAAUCUUCUGAUGUACCUGGAGUCAAUUUAGCACAGUGUUUACUAAUUGGAAUGGAAAAUUACACAUUAUGGAGGAAUUCGAUGACAAUUGCACUCUUAGGAAAGAAUAAAAUUGGUUUCGUUGAUGGAACUUGCAAAAAGGAGAUGUAUGAAGGUCAAAUAGCGUAUCAAUGGGAGUGUGUCAAUGCAGUGGUCUUGUCAUGGAUUAUGAGCUUAGUGUCGAAGGAUUUGGUGAAUGGGAUUGUAUAUUCCUCAAAUGCACAUAAGGUAUGGAUGGAUCUGGAAGAGUGUUUUGACAAAAUCAAUGCACCUAGAGUGUAUCAUGUAUACAGAGGUAUUGCAACUUAA